CCGGAUCCCAGCAGGGAAUUCCACACCCAGUACAGAUACUACUGGAGAGACGGGGCGGGCUGGGAGGAGUACUCCAAGGAGUUCAGCGCCACCAUCUCCAGCGCUCUCAGUAUGAACCAGCCCCUCGUCUCUCUCUCCUCCUCCUUGCAUUGCUAUUUCCUGUCCCUCAAGGAGUGCUUUCAGCUCAACGUGUCGACGGGACGAAGGCGAGACCUCCGUGUGAGACCCCUCUUCCAAUCCCCUGCUGUGCUCUUACCCCAGCUCAGAACGCUCUCCGGUAGCCCCUCCACGGGUGUCCCCCUCCGCCCCUCUGAACCCCGCAGAGAGCAGCCCGUACCCCGAGACGUGGGUCCCCCUGGACCCCUCCCUGUACUUCCAGCAGGUUCCCCUCACCCUCGAGGACCCAGCCUUCCGCGUGGUCUACCAGCACUUCCACAAGACCAUGCCCGAGUCUCGCUACCUCCUCCUGGGCAUCUCUCGCGUUCAGAACCCCUUCCUCUGGGACAAGUACAAGUGUAAGAAGCAGCACAUGUCCCGGCGCAUGAGCCCGGAGGAGAGACUCCGCAACGAGCGGCACCUCUUUCACGGGACGUCCCGUUCCUCCAUCGAGGCCAUCUGCAAACACAACCUGGACCCGCGGCUGUCUGGCAAGCACGCCGCCAUCUACGGGCAAGGCUGCUACUUCGCACGUACCGCGGCCUACUCCCACCGCUACGCCCCCCGAGACCAGCAGGGGGAGCACCACGUCUUCCUGUGCAAGGUCCUGGUGGGGCGUUCGGCCCCCGGCCGGCCCGAAAUGCGCCGCCCCCCACCGAUCCACCCGGACGACCCCGCUAGCGAUCUGUACAACUCCUGCGUGGAUAAACUCCCCGAGCCGGCUCUGUUCGUGGUGUUUGAGAAUGAUCAGUGCUACCCUUACUUCCUGAUUCGAUACAAAGAGCUGGAGCCAUCGGUGACGGUGGAGUGAAAGCUGGAGGAGAGAGGGAGAGAGAGAGAGAGAGAGAGAGAGAGAAGGGAGGGAGGGAGGGAGAGAGAAGGGGGGAACAGAGGUAAAAGAAUGAAAAGGAGAGUCCUGAAACCCGAGGCGUUCCUUCGACCCAGCGCGGCACGGAUUGCCCAGAUAGUUUCCCAAGCUCCAGGAAUGGAAUGAAAGGGAAGGGGAGCCAGGAACCAGGACCAGAUCUUAUUUUCUCGGACGAGGAAGCACCCGCCAACCGAACCCCCACCCCCAGCCCCACCCUCCUGUAUCCAGAUCUGCAAGCGGAAAGCACUUCAGCGAUUCACAAACCGGGAGAUGCAGCUUGCGAACUUAACAGAAUGAAACUGCGUAAAAAGGCAAGACGCCAGGAGAGAACAGGACCGUGCAGCACAGAGAGCCACCGAGGAGGUUCGAGAGGCAGCAGCCCUGGUUUGUGAAGGCCAGCGUGGAGCGGACCGGCUCGUUCGUGUUCGCUGGGCUUGGUUUUGAGGGCUGUCGUUUCGCCCCGUGGAGCAGGACAGUAAACUUAAGCCCGCGUCGCUCGAGUCUCCUGCACGCGUCUUGAAGUCGGGGCUGUGACUGAUUUUGCGGUGGGAAAAUCGUGUUGAAAAGGACAGCGUGUUGGGAGAUUUGUUUAAACUGUACGAGAAUCUUUAUAACACUCAGGAAUUAUUAUUAUUUUUUAAAUGUGUUUGUUUGUUCUUAACCAUGCAGUUUCGUCUUGUGUUUUCACAGAUAAACAGUUUUUUAUGUAGUAUUUUUUGUAUUCCUAUUAUUUAUUUUAAAAAACGUUUGUACAAAGAAAAAAAAAAUGCAGUGUAUUCACAAAAAAUAAAAAGCUUCCCUUUCUCA